AUGGCGCUUUGGGUCGAUCGUUACCGUCCCCGGGAGCUCGCAAAGCUCGAUUACCACCGAACGCAGGCGAACCAGCUAAUCAACCUGUGCUCGCAGGGCGACUUUCCGCACCUAAUGUUUUACGGUCCGUCGGGGGCUGGCAAGAAAACGCGGAUCAUUUGCCUUCUACGCGAGCUCUACGGUCCCGGUGUCGAAAGGCUGCGGAACGAGGUGAUGAACUUUACGACGCCAUCCAACAAGAAGAUCGAAAUUAUGACCGUGAGCAGCAACUUUCACAUCGAGGUGAAUCCGUCGGAUGUGGGCAUCUACGAUCGAGUCGUCAUUACGGAUAUGAUCAAACAGAUCGCUCAAACGCAACAAAUCGAUCCGACCGGCCAGCGAGACUUCAAGACGAUCGUACUUUCGGAAGUGGACGAGCUGACGAAGGACGCGCAACACGCGCUGCGUCGGACGAUGGAAAAGUACGUGGCCACCUGCCGGCUGGUGCUGUGCGUAAACUCCACCUCUCGCAUCAUUCCUGCGGUGAAAAGCCGUUGCCUUGGCAUUCGUGUGGCCGCACCGACAGAGGCCGAGAUUGUGGGCAUCAUGAGCACGAUCUGCAAAAAGGAAGGUCUAAACAUUCCGCCGGAGUUGGCCACGAGGAUAGCGCAAAAGUCGGAGCGCAACCUUCGCCGGGCCAUCCUUAGCUUGGAGGCGUGCAAGGUGCAACAGUAUCCGUUCACCGCCAGCCAGGACAUUCCGGACAUGGAUUGGCAGGUGUACCUGCGCGAAACGGCCAACAUGAUCGUGCAGGAGCAAACACCCCAGCGGAUGGAGAUCGUGCGCGAACGGUUGUACGAGCUGCUCUCGCAGGGCAUCCCGCCCGAUAUCAUCUUCAAGGGCUUGGUCAAGAUUCUGGUGCAAAACUGUGACAUGAGUCUGAAGGCGCAAACGCUCACCUUCGCCGGACUGUACGAUCACCGGAUGCAGCGCGGGAGCAAACACAUUUUCCACCUGGAGGCGUUCGUGGCGCAGUUUAUGUCGCUGUACAAGAAGUUCUUGAAUCAGGUUUCCGUCAUGGAUAUGGACGAAUUUUAG